GGGGCCAGACUCUCCGCCCCGCCCCUCGUCCAGUUCCACCGCCCGUCUGCCCCGGAAAGGGAGAAUCCGCGCCGUGAGUUCUGAGCUUUCAGCUCCUUGGAGACCCCUGCGGAGGAUGAGUCGGGAGGAGACUGAGAGGCUACCCCAAGUACUGGCCCGGAUCGGGGCCUCCCACGGUAUCACCGACCUAGCCUGCAAGCUCCGCGUCUAUGACGACUGGGCUCCAGAGUACGACCAGGACGUGGCUGCUUUGAAGUACCGAGCCCCGGGCCUUGCUGUGGAUUGUCUCAGUCGAGCCUUUCGCGGUCCACCCCAUGGUGCCUUGAUCCUGGAUGUGGCCUGCGGCACUGGCCUGGUGGGUGUGGAGCUGCAGGCUCGGGGCUUCCUCCAGGUGCAGGGGGUGGAUGGAAGCCCAGAAAUGCUGAAGCAGGCCCAGGCACGUGGCCUGUACCACCGCCUCAGCCUCUGCACCCUGGGCCAGGAGCCGCUGCCCAACCCUGAAGGGACCUUUGACGCUGUGAUCAUGGUGGGGGCCCUCAGUGAGGGACAGGUGCCCUGCAGUGCCAUUCCUGAGCUCCUAAGAGUCACCAAGCCAGGUGGACUCGUAUGUCUGACUACCAGGAGCAACCCAUCCAACCUUCCCUACAAGGAGGCGCUGGAAGCAACCUUGGACUCCCUGGAGCAGGCUGGAGAGUGGGAACGUCUGGUGGCCCAGCCUGUGGAGCGCUGGGAACUGGCGACCUCAGAACAGGAGACAGGGCUGGGUGCCAGCGACGGCUUCAUCUCUGGCAUCAUCUACCUUUACCGAAAGCAGGAGAGAGUCCAGGGUGAGGGAGAGAGGCCCAGCGUCCAGGCCCCAGGUGACCACUGAUCCCUAUGUGUGGUCCUAGCCGGGCCCGUCUUCUUGGCCUUCUCUGCUCUGCCCCAUAAAAAUGGGUCCAUCUGCCUGGCAUUGGUGGCUCAAGCCUUUAAUCUCAGCACUCAGGAGGCAGAGCCAAGAGGAUCUCUGCGAGUUCGAGGCCAGCCUC